ACUUGCUGAUGCGAAGAGAUGGCUGCUGCCAGUUUGGCUGUUUUUUGCGGAAGAGUCUCAGCCGCUUUGAAGGCUUCUACGUCGUUAAUAAAUUCUCAGGCCCUUGCUAGCACAGGUUGCAGGUUUUCUCUUAGUCUGUUGACUAAGAAUACACCAAAUGUCACAUCUUUUCACCAGUGUAGAUUACUUCAUACCACAUUGUCUAGGAGAGGACUGGAAGAAUUUUUUGAUGACCCAAAGAAUUGGGGGGAAGAAAAGGUGAAAUCUGGAGCUUCAUGGACCUGUCAGCAAUUAAGGAACAAAAGUAAUGAAGAUUUACAUAAACUUUGGUAUGUUCUCCUGAAAGAAAGAAACAUGCUCCUAACUCUAGAGCAGGAAGCUAAGCGGCAGAGGCUGCCAAUGCCAAGCCCGGAGCGCUUAGAAAAGGUUGUAGAUUCCAUGGAUGCAUUAGAUAAAGUUGUCCAGGAAAGGGAAGAUGCUCUCAGACUUCUUCAGACUGGUCAAGAAAAGCCUAGACCCGGUGCUUGGAGAAGAGACAUCUUUGGAAGAAUCAUCUGGCACAAGUUCAAGCAGUGGCCUAUACCUUGGUACCUAAAUAAAAGAUACAACAGAAAACGAUUCUUUGCAAUGCCCUACGUGGAACGUUUUGUCAGAUUGAGAAUUGAGAAACAAGCUCGCAUCAAAGCAAGGAAGAUAAGUUUAGCACAAAAGAAAGAAAAGUUUCUUCAGGAAAAGUUUCCACAUCUUUCUGAAGCCCAGAAGUCAAGUGCUGCCUAAGACAUCUUAACCAUAAUUUACUAUUUUGUUUUUCUUGGAUUAUAUACAAAAGUAAAUACUAAGUGGUUUAUAAAUAACUUGUAUUUUUAGUCAAAGGACUGUCGACUGUUUUAACAGUUACUAUGGCAUGCUAAUUUUGGAAGUGGUCAAAAUCAGAUAAAAAGUUCAGAUUAAAUUUCCAUUU